AUGGUCGAACACGAGCGAAGCACGAUCGACCCAUGGUCGAACACGGGUGCGGGCCGAUGGAGGCUCGACCGACUCGAGUGGUCGAGCGGGACGAGUCCAGGGGCAGUACCGGCGAACUCAAGUGCAAGGAUUGAAGAACACCCACCGACCUACCAUGCAACCCGAGGAGGACCAGGCGAGGAACUGGAGUCAUUCGUCUUGGACAUUAUCAAAUUGGCGCCGUCUGUGGGAACCCUAGCUCAACCGGUGUUGAUAUGGUGGUACCUCAUACAUAAUAACCGGAAAGUGAAGGAAAGAAAGCGUGAGCAGGCGGGCCUCGCCAAGUCUGUCCUCAAGGACGGAGUCCCGGGCUCUGCGGCCCGACCCAAUUCCAUUGCCAUCGAGAUCAUGUGUUACAACUACGCUAGCCUUUCUUUCAGCCCAUACGGUGACUACUGGCGGCAGAUGCGCAAGAUUCGCAUGAGCGAGCUCCUGAGCGCGAAAACGUCCGCUCCCCGAAAGCCCGUCAACCUCACGGAGAAGGCAUCUUCAUUGACGAGCGACAUCCUGUGUCGGGCCGUUUACGGGAAGGUGUGCAAGGAUAGGGAUGGGCUUGUCGGGCUAAUGCGGGCCGCAGUCAAGCUGACUGGCGGGUUUGAGAUUGUUGACCUGUACCCGACAUGGCGGGUCGUUAGGGCGCUGAGCUGGAGUAGGAUGAGGCUCGUUAAGAUGAGGCAGAAAGUCGACGUGAUUCUCGACGAUAUUAUUCGGGAGCACAAGGAGACGAAAACGGCGGGAAAAGAUGGUGACUUGUUCUCAGCCGAAACUGAGUCAUCAUCGAUCGUGAUCGACUGGACAAUGGUCGAGCUCAUGCGAAACCCUAGAGUCAUGGCCAAGGCACAGGCCGAAAUCAGACAAGCCUUCCAGAAGGACCCAACAAUCGAGGAACACGAUCUCACGCACAAACUAAAGUACCUAAAGCUCGUAAUCAAAGAGUCCAUGAGGCUACACCCGCCGAUCCCAAUCAUCCUAAGUCUUGGUCAACAACUGGGCCAUGCAGAGGGACCCACAAUAUUGGAAGGAUCCCGAGAGUUCGUGCCCAAGAGGUUUGAAGAUGGGGGCCCGGAUUUCAUGAAUGAGGGUUCUCACUAUUUGCCGUUUGGGAUGGGGAAAAGGAUGUGUCCCGGGAUGAUGUUCGACCUAGCUAGCAUCGAGCUUCCCUUGGCCCGACUUCUCUAUAGUUUUGACUGGAAACUUCCGGAAGGGGUGCGUGUAGAGGAUUUGGACAUGACCAAAAAUCCUGGGGUCACGGCCUCAAGGAAGGACAAGCUUUUCUUGGUCGCUAUUCCGUACAAGCCUUCGACUUGA